AUGGACGAAGCUACCUCUGAUAUGAAAUUGACGCCCCGUAUUCACCUUCGUCGCCUCAAACCAAGCGAUGUCGAUUUUCUCUGCUUGCUCAACAAUGACGAAGGAGUGAUGAGAUAUAUCGACGACGCUCCUCCGUCCAGGGAAGAAGUGGAAGAAGAAGUCCGGCAAAUCAUCCAAGCCUACAAUAAAAGCCCUAAAUAUGGCAAAUGGAUAGCUGAAACUCCUGCACAUGAAGGGAUGGAAUUCAUCGGCUGGCUACGCCUUGGUGAUCUAGAUGAACUAGCCCAGCAGUGUUUUGAUGAGAAAGAUUAUGGAGUCAAGAAAUCCGAGGGAGAGCCUGUGGUGGUGGAACUUGGAUACAGGCUGCGUCGUCGGUUCUGGGGCCAGGGACUGGCAACUGAGGGAGGUCGAGCCUUGGUAGACUACGCCUUCUGCUCAUCUAAUGUCAACCUGGUCGUGGCUGGGACUAUGUUCGUCAACUCGCGAUCUCGCCGUGUUAUGGAGAAGUGUGGCUUGAAACAUGUAAGAACACUCCAUUUGGACUUCGACAAUCCGCUACCCGGAACAGAGCUAGGGGAGGUGUUCUAUGCUAUUAGCAGAGAACAGUGGCUGGCUUCGGUUGGUAAAGAGAGCUGA